AUGACGAGAAUAUCCACGCCGCCACCAGGGGUGCCCGUCACACCUGACACCUUACCCCAGCCGAAACAGACGUCGUUGGCGGGUUACCAUUCGGGAGACCUCGCUCUCGGUAGGACGGCUGUCCCCAAUGGCCUAGGUGCAAUCCCUCAAGUGCCAUUGGAGUAUUUCAAGUCUGCUGCCCUGCCACCCCUUCGUAAGCAGAUUGACAUAGGUAAAAUCAAGACUUCGUUGGAGGGUGCUGAGGCUUGGUCCCGACACUCGGGGUGGACUGCGAUUAAGGAGCCGAAACUUUCUGGUGUAUCUGAGGAGGAGACAUUGGAACCUCUUUCGAAGGUUUUUGACGCGGUCGUAUGCGAAGCUGCCAAAGACCUCCACACCCCAGCAACGCUUAGGUUUGUAUCACGACCUACGCAAUCGCCACACUCCGACCUGCCCGAUUCCAGUCUCCCGGAUGCGUACCUGCUACUAUUGGAGAAGAAGAGUGUUGACAUACCGGGGGCCAAGAAGAACAGUGCGAAAAACUCUGAUCACGAUUCAUGGUACGAUAUCGCCGUUUCGUUUGAGUUCAAAAAGAGUGACGGGACCGCCGAGCGCAAAUACGUAAUAUGGGGCCUGCACCACAUUAUGCGUAGCGACCCAUGUCGCCGCGCGGCAUUUGGUGUUACCAUCGAGAACACAGAAAUGAGGUUUUGGUUCACUUGCCGGGCGGUCACGCUCGUCAGCAAGUCGUUUAAUUUCUUUAGCGAGCCAGAACACCUCAUCCACUUCUUCUGUGCCCUCGUGUUCGCAGAGAACCAUGAGCUCGGAUGGGACCCAACAAUCCGGAGAGUGUGCGUCGAGGAUGAAACUCAAUACAUCAUUACUGUGGAGACAGAAGACGGGCGAACCAUCGAAUACCAAACCACGAAGGUCAUUUCCGAUUUCGGCGUCGAUGGUGUGAGUGGUCGUGGGACUCGGAUCUUCAAAGUCCAUCUUAGGUCUCGAGAUGGAAAAUUGGAUGCGGAACCCGUCGUAUUAAAGGAUUCCUGGAGAGAGAGUGACCGGGACCGCGAGGAUAAAAUCCUUGAACAAAUAUUUGAUGACUUGCGGAAGCUGGGCACCGAGGUAGAGCAAGAGGCUAGACAAUAUUUUCUCACUGUCGUUGAAGCAGGGGACGUGACGGUGCAUGGGAUGAUCGAUGGCACCACCAGCCUUCUACACGGAUCCGAUCUGCCAGCUGACUGUGCUUCAUAUGCGCUAUCUGUCGAUGGAAUAUUGAAGGCGAAACCCACCAGGUCCAGUGAAGGACUCGCACAAAGUCUGCCUUCCGUCCCGGGUGCCACCAAGCAUUCGAAAAUCCAACACAGGAUCCAUUUCCGUCUGGUAUUCAAGGAAGUUUGCACGCCUAUACACGAACUUCAGCACCUCGGUACCGCAUUUCAGACGCUACAAGAUGUUCUUAAAGGUUUGCUGACCUUGCAGCUUUUGCACAGCGUGGGUUGGGUGCACCGUGACGUCAGCACCGGAAAUGCUUUACGGGCGGGUGAGGUGGGCAAGUUAGCUGACCUCGAGUAUGCAAAACGUAUGAACUCCAAGGCCAGCAAUGAGGUCUGUACGGGAACACUAGAUUUUAUGGCCUGCGAGGUCGAAGCUCAAAAAUACUUGUUUGAACCGCCCAAAGUUUUAUCCGUCGCCGAUUUCUUCAAGGACAACAAAGAUAAGGAUAAGUUCCCAUAUAAGUUUAAUCCCCUACACGAUAUGGAGUCUCUUUGGUGGAUAGCAACAUGGAUACUCUAUCGACACGUUGACAAGGUGGGCCAUCAGCAAUCGGAAGCGCAGAGAAAGUGGUUUGACGAGCUCUUCCCCGGACGAUUCAAUGCUCGUUUUUCUGCAUUCUCCGCUGAUGUGGACUACGAAGUGCUUCCGACCUCUUUUCAACCCGCAGCUUUUACCGUCGUUUCUGCCAUGCGCCAGGCGCUCAAGAUCGCUUACAUUGCAAGCGAAAAUAGCAUGCCGCCAGCAUAUACCGAUGCACUUGCAGAACUCCAACGUGUCUUUACCAGCCACCUUGCAGAUGGUGUUAAACACUCCAAACACGUCGAACUUCACACCCCGGGUGUUAAGCGGUCAUAUCAGGAAGAUCCAAUGUUUGAAAGUCGAGACAACAAGCACCUAAAGGUUCGAAGCUUUCUCAGAUCACUACCCAAAUGCUAA